CUCAUGCGCCGCGCGACCUGCCGUCCACACGCCAGUCCCAGUGUACUAACCCCACCACAACCCGUGACCCGUACCCCACUGGACAUUCCUACCCAGCAUGUGCCAGUGACUGGACGUCAGUGAUAGUGCCCAGUGACAUUUACACACGACGUGAUAUGUGCUGAAGAGUGUGGACAAGUGAUAUUUGUAUACAAUCGCAGCCUCUGCCAUUAACGCAAAUAUGGUGAGAGGGGCGACGUCAGUGCUCACGCUAGCGCUGGCAUGGGCGUGCGUCGUUCGCGCCAGCGUCCUUGUGCCCACCUACGUGCUGCCGCCCGAGUCGUUCGUGCGCGACCAGCGAUCCCUCGCCUCCAAAUCAGACUCCGAAACCGCCGAGUCGACGCGAAUGAUUAGACGCCUCAUCGGCGGACACAUGAAAAUCAAACCGGAAAAGGAUCACGGCAAUUUCAAAAACUCAAUCAGUCUCAACACGAAAACCGAAAGUGGAAAGUUCGCGGGAGUGAUAUUGCCCGAAUUGUCGGGCGGCACCGUGGGAUGGAAUCAAGGAAUCUGGGACGACGGCAUGCUCAUGUCGAGCGCUGGCGAGGGGAAGGACGCCGGAAAAAUAAAGGAGGUCGACGAAGACAAAAAGACGCUAUCCGAUCAAGUGGCCGAAGGCAAAUACGGACUCCUACAAAACGAAAUAUUUGCAAAAACACCCAAACGACCUGGGAUUUUGAGCUACGAGCUGAAUUCAGAGACUAGAUCGAAAGAUAAUCUACAGAGUCUAGGCGGACUUAAGAAAGAUGAAAUAUGGCUCGCGGAGGAUCAUUUGUUGGUUCUCAAAGGAGGCUCAUUCCCAGAACGUACGAAGGAAGCAGAGAACAGGCCAUGGCCACCGAUCGAUAGCUACGAGGCGCCCAGAAGGCAAGUAAAGUUACCGCAGAAACCUAAAAUACCACCGCCCUUUCCAGUUCGACUCUCCGACGACGGCCCGCUCGUCUUCCUUACGCCUAACGGCAGUAUCCCUGCGCCCCUUUUCCCACCCUUCCCUGCAGGAGAAAGCGAAGGCCCUCUACCUCCUCCGCCAUUCCUUUUCGCACAGGGAGCGCCCUACCCCGCGGGUGAUAAUCAGAGAAACACUUCUUCCUGGGGAGCGACGAUGCCAGAUCCUCCGUUCCCAUUCCUACCCGGGAAUGCGAGCGAAGGAGCAUUCCCCUACCCUGGAUCCAUAAACGGCUCUUUUCCAGAAGGCUUUCCACCGGGCGCAGCAUUUCUACCACCACCCAGCAACCAGACCGACCUCUACGACGAAGACGACCCUUCGAUCUAUUAUCCGCCGCCAUACAAUUUUUCCUAUCACACUAACUAUCACAGUAACGUGCCGGCCGGACCUCUCGUACCAGGAAUUAUAUUACCGCCACCGCCAGAUUUCUUUGCACCUCUCGAAGAAAAAACUACAAUAGACGCUGUCAAAAGUACAAGGCCACCUAUAACGCAUUUGAGGUCAAAGACUACGACUAAACAGCCCUCAACUAUCGGAUACAGAGGAAAAUACAAAACAAGGCCUACUACUACAGAAGCGUGGACAACGGAACCUCCUACAACUACUACGACCCCACAAGUAGAAGUAGUGACUGCACCGAAACACAGAAAGCCACAGCGCGUACAAGUAAUACCACCGAGAACUCCUGUCAGGGUCCACAAUCUACCAGACGACAUUACGACAAAGCCAAAAACCGAAAAACCGGUUUACAAAACGAGAACGAAGCUUACAUCGAAACCUAUAUCGGUGUCAGUGUUUUACGAUUAUCCUGAAACAGUUUACGAUAAUAAAAAUCCAACAACCACGGAUAAACCGUACAUUGUCUACAAAGUACCACAAAAGACGAGCAAUGAAUUUACCAACGACGUAACAUCAACAUCUGUACCACUGAGGGCUUACUACACCAAUACACAAAACGAUGAAGUUCCAACAACGAAAUUACAACCAGUUUACAAUCGUAAACCAAAUGAAGACGCGAUCGCUUCUUUCUACUUCUUCGACGAACAACCAAAAAGUUCGCCAGCUCCGGAUCCAUUCUUCGAUGGAAGAAAUUAUUAUAAAACUGUGCCGAGUCAGCGACCUUAUGCUCAAAAUCAAAAUGUGAACUCGCAAUCUGGAUUUACGCCUUCCGUGGACGUCGCUUAUGGAUCAAUCGACCAAGCUGACGCUCUGUUCCUGUGGCCACAAAAACAAGGUCCGCGAACGCUUACACAAGAAUACUUCAGCGUGCAAAAACCCAAACAACAAAAUGUGUACGUGCAGCAAAUAAAACAACGCCCCGACUCAUUCUAUCAACAAAUAGCUGACAUUCAACAGACUAUUGAACUGUACACCACAAAAAGGCCAAAGGCACAUUCGCACCGACCUCAUUCGACUAAACCGAAGGCCGUGACUUCCCGGCCGGUGUAUGAAUUCAGUUACGACACAAAACACCGACCAGAAAAACUGACAUUCAGAGCGCCUAAAUUAGACCCCGAACCAUUCCGGCCAAUGGUGAGUUACAGUAAACCAUUCAAUUUAGAAAACGAGUUCAACGCAAUAACACCAACAGUCGCAUCGGGAUACCAUCAGCAAUACUUAGUGGAAAAUGCACAUGUAACGACAGAAAACCCGACGUCGUCCAGAUAUUAUCCGAAAACGAAAACGAGGGACGAAGACUAUGAAGACUCGGUUUAUAACAAGGCCUCAACACCUAAAACGAAUGUGAAUUACAUUCCAGUCCAAACCGGCAAACCUGUGCUUCAUGUAAACAAACACCCGAGUACUACGCCUAACCCAAUCAGUCACGGCUACUACACAAAACAGGAUGAGAAAUACAUCGACGAUAUCACCAAGAACUCUUUCGACGUAUUCGGGCAAAAGUUGGAUGAAACUCACGAUGUCAACGGCCUGGCCGUCACGCCUCCACUCGAAUCUGUGAAGACACCGAUCAACAAUAACAUUAACCUGCAGUACGAUUACGAGAUCGUCGAUUCGCAAAACCCAAAUCCACCGUCGCUGCACAAAGACACGAUCGUCAAUGAUCGCCUACCUCGUCCAACUAUCAACCCUUACAGUGAAUCUAUACACCAAGGUUCGCCCAACGCGGAACUGGUUCAACCACCGAAACCACCUUCGCUGCUACACGACACCGUAGUCAACGACAGGUACCCACGACCCGAAAUCAAUCCUGACAGCGAGUUCAUACCGAUACCGAACCCCGGUUACAGGACAGCGCAACAAUAUAGAAUACAAUCGCAAGUACAAAGGCCUCAGUAUACUGGUGAGCAGUAUGACCUGAACAGGCCUUCACUGGCAGGGGACACGGCUGUGAACUACAGGAGGCCUCUGCCGCCUGUCAAUCCUGAUGCAGAGUGGAUAGGGCCGGUGAACACCGCCGGGGAGGGCAGGCCGGGAUCGUUCGUCUCGUACAGACUGCCCGGGGAAGGUGCACACGUGUACUUCCUGACUCCGCAAGCAGCGCAGGCCGCCCGGGAGAGGUACCGAUCGCCGGGUUACGGACGGUGAAACCAAAGCUCUAGUCUGAACUAUGCGCCGUAGGCGACGAUACGUGUAAAUACAAAGCAAAAUGUGAUGUUUUAAGUGUCCUAAGUAGUAUUAGAACGAAAAGACUAGCGGGCCGCCCGCAUUGCCAUAUUUAAAAACGCAUUAUUAAAAUGCAGUGAAGUGCGACCAUUGUUGUUGUGACAAACGAACGCUAACAAGUUUUUUAGACGAACUAUUUAUUAAAUUAUUAACGUUAAGAGACUGGUGCAAGCGUAGUGAUAAGUAAUUUAUUCAUGUAUGUCAGUAUUGAACUCACUAGAUGUGAUACUGUGUGUGUAUGUAUGUGAAAAUUGUCGCAAAUGGAACCAUAUUGUGUAUAACUGUUUGAUACUUUUAAAUUGUUUUGUAACUGAAAACGUUGACGAGCAAUUGUGAUUUUUUGUAUGUCUUUAUAAACAAAAGAUUUUAAAAUAAGAAAUAAAAUAAAAAAUGUUUAAUAUA